UGGCCUGUUUGACACGCUGAGAACAUCUAGUGUAUUUUAAGCCAGCAGGCCUAGUCCUCACUCUGUUGCUACACACUUGCUAAACAAUAUUCCACCAUACUUACUAAUUAUAUCUGGACUUUAAUGAGAACAAAUGCGAACGAUAAUGAUAACGGCGGCUGUUAUUCCUUUUCUUUCCGUUGUGAGGCAUCUAUCUCCAAAUGCGCGUUCCCGCGACAGGGGGUGCAUUUCGCGGCAGGGAUGCUUUUUUCGGCACAACACCGGACGUCUGCUGCUUUCAGUUUUAUUUGCGCUUGUGUUGUUUUUAUCGACUGUUUUAAAAAAAUGCAGACUCUCUACUGGUGUAUGAUCGCCAAGCACUUCUCAACAUUAGAUCUAUCAUGGAAAAUAAAGUUAUCCACGAUUUGGGUAGACAGAAAACUUUGCCCCCUCCUCCAUUUCUACGUGGAUUACCUCUGUCGAACGCCGUAUCCAUCUCUUCGUAGAAAGCGACAGAGACGACGGGGUAAACGCGGCGGCCUGCUGGUAAAAAUCAAGGCUCAUGUAGUACGAUUCCCCUACGCUGAUCUCCGUGGUCUUUUGGCGAAAUAUGAUGCGGGUCACAACUGCUUUGUUUCUCACCGUUCCUUGGAAUCUGUGUAUACCUGGUUGGUACCGGUGGGCGGUUCGGUUGAGAAGUUUCAGUUUCCCCGCUCUCGUUCACUUCGUCUUCGUCUGCUAGAUCGCUAGCCAACAAAACUUUCAUCUUAAAUGACUUUUUCACUUCCAAUAGCUUGGAUUUACUGUUUGUGACUGGACGAGUGCUGCCUCUCCUUCCUCUCUGUGUCCACUCACUGGUGACGACAGAAGUUCGCUCCAUCCACAGAAAAUGCAUGCAAAAGAAGCCCGAAGGGAAGCUGCUCAAGGCAGUGCAACAUCGCAGAGCUGGAUUCAAAGCUCCAGCAAGCCAGCAGGUGAGGCAGAGUCAGGCUCAGACAGUGAGGGAGAGCCCACUGAGCAUCAGAAGCCAAAUCCAACAGGUACAGUGUCAGAGCUGAGGAUAAUUCUGUUGGGGAAAAGUCUCUCACAGACCCGCAAUGUGGGAAACUUCAUCCUCGGCAGAUCAGCGUUUGAGACUGAAGAUCCUCCACAUUCAGUAGAACCUCACUGUGAGAGUGUCAGAGGACAUGUGGAGGGAAGAGACAUCAGCAUAAUCAGUGCAGCUCAUUUAUUUGACCCACAACUCUCUCAGGAGGAUCUGAAUCAGAGAGUAAAAGAGUUUGUUUCAAAUUCUGGACCUGGGCCUCAUGUAUUUUUACUUGUGGUGCAGCCUCAUGACUUUACAGAGGAGGACAGAAACCUACUGCGAUUCAUCCUGAAUUCCUUCAGUGAUCAAGCCAUAAACUACUCCAUUGUGAUAACAGUAGACGAUGCUGCAACAGUGUUACCAAAAGAGAAAAACCAAGACACAAAGAACUUUACCACUUGCCAGAAACAAGAGCCAGCAGAAGAGGGACAGAAAACAAUGACUGAACAUAAAUUAGCAGAAGAUGGAUCAAUUUGUGAAGAAAAGAAAAAGUGUGAAAUGACAAAAUCAGAGCAACUGUUUAUUACAAUUAAUCUUAAUGAAAAGCACAAACAAAAAAUGAAAACUUCAGAUGUUCUUCAAAUAACUUCACGUUCAUUACACUGGAAGGAGCCUUGUACAGAGAAAGACUUAGUGGAAACCUUUCUACAAAGGAUGCUAAUGAUGGACUACAGAGCAAGAUACAUUACAACUAAGGAAGACUCCAACAAUUCAGAACACACUUACUUAAACACAAGAGAUGGAGAAGAUGAUGAUGACUUUGCUGAUUUUUUAUCAAAGAAGACAUCUUUGGAAAGUGAAAGCCAUAAAUAUCCUGUUCACCCCAUGGAUGUCCAGAUGGCAGUGUUCCACUGCUCAGAUCAUUUCCUAAAGCAGCUAAUAGUGAAUAAACUGGCUCAGUGUCAGUACGCUCUGCCUCUGCUGGUGCCCAAUCCCUUCACCAGAGAGAUCGAGUUUCCUCUGUGGACCUUUCGCCAAAUCAGAAAGAGUUGGAAGAGCACUGACUCCUCUGGUAAGGAGAUCAGUAAAACCCAGGCGAUUUCUGAAGCUGAAACUCCAAUGGUGGCUUUCUUCAGGUUCGGCUCUGCAUCCUCAUCCAAGUCUCAGCUGAUGAACAGCUUGAUCAAUGAGAAACAUCACACGUUCUUCCACAGACACUGUCCAGGCAGCAGCAAGAACCGGUUACUGCUGGACGGAGUGGUGGAGAUUGCGUGGUACUGCCCAUCUGGGGAGGAAACAGAUUAUUUCCCUGACUGUGUUGCAUUCUGUAAUCUCCAUGGUGAUGCAGGAACUAAUAAAGAGCAACUGGAUAUCCUGACUGAAAUGUCCUCAGUCAAUGUUGUACUUUUUUCUGAUCCUGGAAAAGCAACAUAUAAGGAGAUACUACAGAAGCUCUUUAGAGACACGAAGACACUGAUUUGUCUACUUCCAGAGGAUGAAUCAGGUGUCACUGUAUCUAGGAAUGGAAAAUACAGAAUCGGCCUUAAAGACAGAAAUCAGUCAGAUGUAGCCAAGAACGUCAGAAUGACUAUAAAAGAAUGUCUUUCAAAGUCACCUUCAGUUUUCAAAAUUGAAAAUUUGUACAAAACUGAAGUGAUUACAAAAGAUGAAGAUGACCCUGAAUGCAAGAGAGGGAAAGAAGCUGCAGAGAAGAUCAUGAGCCAGUUGGAGGGAAAUGAAGUGUCCAAAUUAAAGGAACAACAUCUGCCCUGUCAGGGGAAGUUAUGGCAUGACUGGUGUGAGAUGAACAAAGACCUGCAUCGACUUCAAGGGAACAACAUAGAAAUGCAAAAGAGUAGAAAACAAAGAGAAAUGAAGCAAAUCCGUGAGGAGCAGCAUAAAUACAGACUCUCUGGUCUUAUGGAACAAUUCAUUUCCUCACUGGAUCAUCUAGGAGAAAAUGAAAAAUUAUUCUUUUUAAAAUGGGUUGGGAUUCUCCUGGACAAACGCACCUCAGAUGAUCUUUCUGCUCUUCAUCACAAAUACAAUGAAAAGUGGGCAGCAGUUUUAGACCUUAAGAAGAAGCAUGAUAAAUCAGAUAAAAUGAAGGUGGAGCAAACAGAACUUGAAGAAAUUUCAGAAAAACUGACUGCAGCAACCUUUGGUUUGGAACACAUCCUCAGAGAGAUAGGUCAGAUAUACGAGUCUUUUAUUUCUGUACAAACACCCAAGGAACGGUCUGAAGAAAAAACCUUGACCUCUCUCCCAAAGCUUGCAGCAGAACUCAUGAAAUCUGGUCAUCCAAUGGAGAUAAUGGAUGGUGAUGCUGCUCAUGUUCCUCUGAUCUGGGUUUCAGCAGUUCUAGAUGAACUUGUGAAGAUACUGGGAGACCAGAGAGUGUUUGUGCUGUCAGUUCUGGGGAUUCAGAGCUCUGGGAAAUCCACCAUGCUGAAUGCCAUGUUUGGACUCCAGUUUGCUGUCAGUGCUGGAAGGUGCACCAGAGGAGCCUUCAUGCAGCUGGUCAGAGUGUCGGAGGAGAUGAAAGAAGAGCUGAAGUUUGACUACAUUCUUAUUGUAGAUACUGAAGGGCUUCGAGCACUUGAGCUCGCCGGAAAAUCCACUCAACAUCAUGACAAUGAACUCGCCACAUUUGUUGUUGGUCUUGGAAACCUGACCUUGAUCAACAUCUUUGGAGAGAACCCUGCUGAGAUGCAGGACAUCCUUCAGAUUGUUGUUCAGGCCUUCCUGAGGAUGAAGAAGGUCAGACUGACUCCCAGCUGCAUGUUUGUGCAUCAGAAUGUCAGUGACAUCACAGCUGGAGAGAAAAACAUGGAGGGAAGGAGACGUUUACAGGAAAAACUGGAUGAAAUGACAAAAUUGGCUGCAAAAGAAGAAGAAAGUGAAGCUGAGUGUUUCAGUGAUGUUAUUGAAUUCAAUGUACAAGAUGAUGUGUAUUAUUUUGCGCAGCUCUGGGAGGGCAGCCCACCGAUGGCACCACCAAACCCAAGCUACAGCAGAAACAUUCAGAAUCUAAAGAAAGCCAUUUUCAAAAAAGCUGGCGAGUCUCCUGGUAUGACUUUCUCCCAGUUUAAAUCACGCAUCAGUGAUCUUUGGAAUGCAUUACUCCACGAGAACUUUGUGUUUAGCUUCAAAAACACACUGGAGAUAGCAGUGUACAGAAAACUGGAGAAUGAGUUUGGAAAAUGGACCUGGGCCCUCAGAAGUGCCAUGUUAGACAUUGAAGAAAAACUUUACAACAGAAUUGAAAAUGAAAAACUGAAAAGAAUUGAAGAAAAAGAUCUUUAUUCUUCCAUGGAAAAGGACAAAGAGGAAGUGGACAAAUCAGUGAAGAGUUUCUUUGAAGAGGACAAAGACAAAGAAAUUUUAAUUCAGUGGAGAGUGAGAUGUGAAAACAAAAUCACACAGCUUCAUGAAGACCUUGUCAAAGACACAAAACAAAAUGUGAAUGAAGUUUUACAACAGCAAAAAGCACGGGAGACUUUUGAACGUGAAAGGACACAGUACGAUGAAAAACUGUUCAAUCUGAGCAAAGACCUCGCUCUGAAACUCAAAAGCACAACAACUAAUGAAGAAGUUCUUAAAGAUGAAUUUGACAAAUUGUGGGAUAAAUGGGUCACUGAACUGACAAAAGACACACCUCCAGAGAGAACUUUUGAUUUUUGGGAGGAUGCUGUACAGAUUCUGUCUGUGGGCAAUGAACAAGCUUCUGUGUGGAGGCGGAAAUCUCAGCAAGACUACAAACAGAUAGACAGACUGGGAGAUUAUUCACCUUACAUUUCAAAACUCAUAAGACAGAAUGUUCUUCAUUAUGUUCCUGGCAUGAAUAAACCUUCUUUUGAAGACAAUGAUUUAGUAAGGACUCUGACCAUAAAUGUGAUCAAAGAAACCAAGGGAUUAAUUAAAGAGACAUGUAACAAAAUUGCCAGACUUGGGUACAAAGACAGCUACAUACAGGAAAUAACAGACCACGUCAGGAAGAGAGUUGAGCAACAUCACAGUGAAAACCAGAGAAUUAAGCUCAGAAAGGAAUUCACUCUGGAUCUCUGUCUUCAUGUGUGUGAACUUGCGAGUCACAGAUUUACUGAGCGCCAUAAACAAUUCAGGGAUGCAAAUGAUCCAAGAGUUUAUCUGUCCAAGCAGAAACCACAAUAUUACAGUGUCUUUACAAACUACUGCAGAGGAGCAACAACAACAAAAGUGUUUGGUGAACUGAUCUGCAGUAACCUGAGAGAAUCCAUCCUGCAAGCAGUUUACAAUAAAACUGCUAUUGAUUUGGCAUCACAGAUCAGAUCAGACAUGCGAGAGUUUAACGGUAACAGAUCAAACCUUGAGAAACACAUCCUCAAAUGUCUGGCAGAGGAGGAGAACUUUGAGAAGUACAAAGAGUACAUUCAUAAUCCCCAAAAGCACUUCGAACACUUCAUUACAGAGAAGGUGAAUAAGUACAUUACUGAAAAUAACACCACAGUUCUGAACCUUUUUAAAGGAAAUCUAAAAGACAAAAUACAGAGAGUAAGAAAUGCUGUUCACACUGCAACUGAAGAGGUGAAGAACAGCCGUGGUGAUGCAGACAUGUGGCUGAGAAGUUUUACCAGUUCACUAAAAGAUGAACUGAACUUAAAAGAAAUAACCUUCACUGAUCACAAAGAAAUUACAGACUUUCAUUUUCUACAGCAGCUUGUUAGUAAAGGUCUCACUGAAAUGAUGUCAGAGCUAGACAAAAGCUUUAAACGUGUAAAAGACAUCAAAAUGGAGAAGUUCAGGAAGAAGCCAGAUGAGAUCCUGAUUGAACACCUCUGUCAAUGCUGCUGGGUUCAGUGUCCAUUCUGUAAAGCCAUCUGCACCAACACAAUGGAGGAUCAUGAUGGAGAUCACAGCGUCCCUUUCCACAGGGUAGAUGGUAUCAAUGGGACGUAUUACAGAGAUACAACAAAUCUCGAUGCUGAUUUCUGCACAACACUUGUGCAAAGUUGUAAAGCUUUCUACCCCAGACAUGAUACAGAUGUGUCUGUACCUUUCAAAUCAUACAGAACAGCAGGAGGAGUUUAUGCUACCUGGAGCAUCACCCCUGAUAAUUCACAGCUCGCAUACUGGAAAUGGUUUGUGUGCAGAUUCCAGAAAGACCUGGAAAAGCACUACGAGAAAACAUUUCAGGGUAAGGGUGAGAUCCCCGGGGAAUGGAGAGACUUCACUAAAGAACAAGCUAUAGAGAGUUUGGAUGAAUAUAUCUGAUGAAAGACUCUUCUGAACAGAACCCAGCAGGAACAGCAACGUAAUCAUGAACCAGUCAUAAACAGAGAAACUUUGCCUGUAUUAGUGACAACAGAAAUGACAAAAAAAAUGAUUAGAAAACAUUAAUUAGAUUAAAUUUAGAAUAAUCACUAUAUAUACACACUGUUUCAACUUUUCUCUUUCUUUUUUCUUCUUCAUGACAACAUUUAAAAAUUAAUCAUGUUAUAUCAGUGAAAAUAUUAAUCACAGAAUGUGCUUGAUUAUGAAAUGUAUUUUUUUAAAUAAGAUGUUCUUGUUUGAGUGUCAAUGUUGCAAUAAUAAACAAUAUUACAAAAUA